AUGUUUGGAGGAGUUGGACGAAGAAAUGGUCGGAAAUACCCUUACCCGCUUCUGUACCCGCCCGGCCCCGCCUCCUAUCUCUCCGCAAAAUCAGCCAAUCAAACCAAUCAAGCUAUUCAAUCCCUGCGCGCGCCUCCCAAUCUCCCCCUCCCUGCGCGCACGCCUCCUCCCAAUCUCCUCCCCCUCCGCAGAGCCCAUCCCUCCCGCCGCCACCUCUCAGCAGCCUCCCCUCCUCUUGCUCCUUGCUCGGGAGGCCGGGUCCCGCUGCCGCUCGCUCGGGGACGCCUCGCCGCCGCUCGUCGUCGCAGAUCCGCCGCCCGCGCCCCGCGCGGGCCUUCGCCGCCUGUCCUCGAGAGCAGGGGAGGCCGGAGCUCGCCCGCGCCGGCCGCGGCGCGGUCUCCAGUCGCCGCGCCGUCCACGUGCCGCCGGCCCCCAUCCCCGGCCGCCGUCCGCGACGCCGCGACGUCCGCUCACCGCCACUGCGCCGUCCUCGGCAUCACUGUUCCGCGCCGUCCGCGCCGCCGCUUCGUCCGCGGCGUCGGCGUCGUCGCUUCCUCCUCCGCGCCAUCCUCAAGGCACCAGCGGCGCCGCAACUUCGCAAAGGAGGAAAGCCUGUGCCCCAGCCCCGAUUUGAUGGCCAACAGCAACCUCCCGCGCCUGAUCAUCAAGGACACAGGAAGUUCACUCAAUUCUUUGCUUGCGUGGGAUGCACAGAUCAGGGAGGUGCUUCUCCAGCAGCUUAGCAUUUCGAUCUUUUGGCAUUUGUUUCAGUCUUUCAGUCUGUGAGUAUAGAUCAUGAGUAUAACAUGGCAUUCGUUACCCAAUCAUCCUACAAGUCUACACCAGUCCGCCCCUUCUGUUUUUUAUCUCCAACCCGUCAGCAGCAAGGGGAUCAAUGGAGUGGCACAAUCCUGGGCAUGGUCUACACCAGGAUAUAGUGUGUAAGUCUACACCAGGAAUCUGGCAUGGUCAUGAUAACCUUUUAGAGUUAUUCAUGAUAUCUGAACUGCCGCAUGUUGCAACAUAAUGUUCUAUAUUGAUGUCAGCCUAAUGUCACAAGAUGAUGAUAACAUGUAAGCAUGUUUGUAGUGGUUAUACCUUCUAAUAAUUUAAUUAUCUCAUAUAGUGGUUUAUAGUUCCUAAUAACUUAAUUACCUCACGUGUAAAGCUCUGAAAUUUCUAAUCUCUGAACCUAGAAGAGAACAAGAUCAGAUUUUGCAGUAAAUGUGAAUCCCUGAACCUAGCAGAACACUAGAUGUCUUAUGGAGUGAUCAAUUUUUCUGGCUUUUGCUUCCAGCUUUAGUGAUCAUAUUAGAGCCUGUUACCUUUGCAUUUUCCUCAUUGAUUCAACCUUCCAGGUUCCAGCAUAGUAAGUAUCAGAUAUCCCCUUCCUAUGACUAUGGAUAAAAGUUUCAACUAGCUGUGCAAAUUUUCAUGAAAACAAACUUAUGUAAUUUAUGAUUUUUGUUGCCCAUAGCAAACUUUUCUGCGUUGAAGGAUUUCUGGUCUCAUAUCUGUCUAUACUAUAUUUCCAAGACCACCUUCAAAAAUUUUGCAUGUACAAGUAUAAUACUUUUAACAUUAAAACUUUUAGCACUAUCAUGACAUCUUGCCAUUCAAAGCUAAAAAAGGCAUAUUUAAGGUAUGUUGCAUAGCUAAGCGUAUAUAGUUCACAUCUUUCUUGUGCCACGUAUUGUUGCAACUAUUCGCCAUAUUUUCAGAAUCUACACGGUACAUUGUUGUCCUAGCUUUACCACUUUCUGUAGAUUGCAUAGCUAACUUGGCCAUAUUCU